AUGGACGAAGUUUCGACAGACUACAGCGACAGAGCAACAGAGCUGCUAUGGCUAAAUGAAUCAGAAGCUUACCUCGAUCUUGUCGAAAAGCCGCAAUCAUCAACAUUAUUUUUCGGUAUUUUCCAUCUUGAUAAACUGUAUGACCAAUCUUCAGAAGAGCUGCUAAGUAUAAAGAACAAGCUACUGAACUUGAUAAGCGUCUGGAACAAUUACUACCCAUGGGGGAACUACGCCUGCAUUGAAGUGAAAGUAGUGGAAAACCCAGAUGAACAAUCAUAUCUGUUUGGCUUCCUAAACGUGGAAGGUCAUCAAGAAGAGGAGUUUCUGGUAGUUUGUCUCCUUCGAAAGCUUUCCAAAACGCUAGGUCCCAGUGUGUUUAUCAAAGUUUGCAGCUCGGAAGGUGAGAUCCUAAUUAUGGAGUGCCACGACAUCUUGCCAAAAGAGUACGAAUAUCCUAGGGGAAACAACCGAUUGUGGAUUCAUGAGGGCAACUUCAAGAUUAUUCCACUAGAGCUGGCACCCUCCCGUGGUCUUAGAAGGGAAGAGGCUCUGAGCUUCCUGAUGAGCUCUUAUUUCAAGCUGACAGAAGUCCCGGAGAUCAGUAAAAGGCUCGCAGAAAGAACAAAUAUGGAGAACUUCCCGCAAUCGCAACUAGAAAAUCUUAUUUGGCUACCAUUGGAAAUCAAAGAUGAGACCUGUUUCAAACUUAUCUACGACAAACCACAAAUGAUAAGCUUGGUGCUCAAAAAUAUUUUAGAAAACGGGCUCGAUCUCGACAUGGCCAAUAUCAAGGAAAGCGGGAACUGUCGCUCAUUGACCACCCUCAUUUCCCUACCACAAGGCAAAAUACUGUCGAGUUUUUUAGUAGAUUCUGGCGUCGAUUUUGCUAGUUCAGACCUUCCUUUCAUUAAUGGUAACAUCGUCUCAGCAUCCUUGCAAGAGUUAAUAAGAAAUGGAGAUGUCAAAGACCAGCCCUCUCCGAUUUACACUACGGACCAACCGACUCUCUUGUCGGAACUCAAAAAGGAGACUUCAUUGAAUGCGGAUUGCAACAUUCGAGAAAUUGACUUUGCAGCGUUGCAACAGUCAGGAAAUUCCCAAUCUACAGACGAAGAUGCUGUUUCUCGGAUGCAGCGACUGUUUACGAACAUUCGUAUGGAUCUAGCAGGAGGAAAAGAAGACGAGAAUGUCGCUGAAGAAGUUGAUAGCGAAGCGGACAGCAACAGUAUCGCAGAUAGAGAAGCUACAAAUUACUUUACUAAAGAGAACGUCGAUAUCGAUGAAGACGACUUCUUUGAGUUUUUCUUGACAGAGGCUCUUAAAGUCAAGAAAGAGGAUCUCGAAAGCUACCGUCAAGAGAAUAAACCAGAAUCCGAUGCAGGUUCUGCUGAUGGGCAAGAAGAUGAAAUGUUUGAAGAAUUGGAACAAUUUCUUAGCCGAAGCAACGGUGAGGAUGAUAACAAUGCUAUUAAACAGCUUUCGGAAGCGUUUAAGCUAAAUUCUUCUACUGGGGGCCAUCUUGAAUCGUUCCUCGAAAGCUUGGAUGAAACAUAA